CUUCCUCCACACUCACUCACUCCCACACUCACUCAUCUCAUCUAAUCCCCUCCAACAACCCUCUAGCGCGCAAGCUCCAAGAGCAAACAACAAUGGCUCUCAACAGCAGGGCGGCGGCCAUGGCGACGCUCCUCGUGGCGGCGGCGGUGGCGGUGCUGCUGGCCGGGGAGCAGGCGUCGGCGGCGGUGACGUGCGGGCAGGUGGGGUCGUCGAUCGCGCCGUGCGUGGCGUACGUGACGGGGAAGGCGGCGGCGGUGAGCCCCGGGUGCUGCAGCGGCAUCAGGGGGCUCAACAACAUGGCCCGCACCACCGCCGACCGGCAGGCGGCGUGCCGGUGCCUUAAGAGCAUGGCCGGCAGCAUCAAGGCCCUCAACAUGGGCAAGGUCGCCGGCGUGCCCGGCAAGUGCGGCGUCAACGUGGGCUUCCCCAUCAGCAUGUCCACCGACUGCAACAAGGUGACUUAAGUUGCAUGCAUGCCGCGGAGGCGAAUGCAUGCACACGUGUUAAUGGAGUGCUUUAGAUAUAUAUGUACGAGAGAUCAAGAUGUGGAGCUACAAAAGAAUAAAAUAAAAGCUGCUUGCAUGCAUGCAUGACGGACGCAGCUCUGCAUGCAUGACUGCAACGUGUGUUUCUGUAUCGAUAUAUCUUCUGCACACAGUACUAUGUAAUGUACGUUACGUAAGUACGUGUGCAGAUGUUAUCUGUAUGUUUGGUAGCUUUGAGUCGUUCUGGGCAUUAUAUUGCCCGUGUGUGUGUGUGUGCAUGCAAUGUGUGUAGAACGUGUCAAGCUCUUGUGCUACUCUUGCCGACCUGUACCGGCCGGCCGGCGACCUUGUCGAUCUGACCUACUUGUUCAGGCCGGCAAUAAUUAUCUAAUAAUACUCCAUAAGUAGUUAUGUUUUCUUAA